AUGAACUGCGAGCACGAGGACGGUGUCACUCUGCGAAAGCCACCCCAGUCUCCGCACCAACUGACAGUACAACAGCAGCAGGCGAGCGACCAGAGGCAUGCACAACGAUCAACAACCCCGGCGAAGCUCAAAAACUCAUUUGCAGCGUCCCUGGCGAAGAUCAAGGCGAGCUCCAGCGCAUCGAAUAAACCCGGCGAUUGCAGCCGGCUGCCCCCGCGGACCCAGUGGAACGGGAGAGACUUGAAACCAGAUAACGGGAAGCAGUCCGGGAAAGCCUUGGUGCCGGUCGCUGGCUCCCAGAUGCCUCGCCGUAAAUUGUCUGGCCCGAGGAAGCUGUCCGAGCGGACCAAUGCCUCUGACGAGCUGACUAAGGAGUCUGAUUGCGUCCCGGACAAGAUUUCGCCCUCCGACAGCAGCCCCGAACUUAUCGAUAAGUUUCCCGACACAAGCAGUAACACGGAAUCUCGCGGUCGCGGCGCGGGGGCAAAUAGGAGAAGCCAAGAGGUGUGUGUCGACGGGCCACCUGUCCCUGAUAGAGACGGGACAGGUGACCAGCAGGUUAAUAUGUCUGUGGGCAAGGACGUUACUGUCUCGCCGGGACGAGAGACUGGACAGGAGAGUCUCUCUCCGAGUGAUGAGCGAUCCUCCGCCUCAUCUGAUAGCCGUCUGAGCUUCAGAGCGUCCUUCGCCCUCUCCGACCUACAAGAGGAGUUAAUCCACGGCAUGCAAGAGCAAUUCGUCAGGGAAAUCGAGGAGCUCAGAUCAGAAAACGAUUAUCUAAAAGACGAGCUGGAGGAGGCGCAGGCGGAGGUGCUGGAGAUGCGGGACGCGUUCCUGGAGGAGGACGCGCUCCAGCUGCGGGCGCUGAGGCAGCAGCUGGACCAGGCCACCAGGGGCUGCCGAAUCCUGCAGUACCGCCUGAGCAAGGCCCAGCGCCGCGGCCUCCGGGCCGCCCGGACCGGCCACCUGGACCAGGACCUCGUCUGCACCCUCCAGCAGGACCUCAAGGUGGCGAAGGGCGUGGCGGCCCGGCUGCACGGGGAGCUGGAGGCCGUGGAGAGGAGGCGGGCCGAGCUGGAGCAGGAGAACACGGGGCUGCGGGAGCGGCUGCAGGAGCUGGAGGUGGCCCGGCAGGUGCUGCAGGCCGAGUGGGACAGGACCAGAGAGAAUUCACUGAAGAGAAAAGGAUCCCGGUCCUCGCUUAAAUCAGAGAAGAAGCUCUUGCCUCAGGAGGACAGCGGCGACCUGCGGUGCCAGCUGCACUUCGCCAAGGAGGAGUCGACGCUGAUGUGCCGCAAGCUGGCGCAGCUGGCGCGGGAGAGCGAGGCCUCGGCGGAGGAGCUGGCGCGCUUCCGCUCGCUGUACGGCCGCGCGGAGGAGGGGCCGGCCGCCGGGGGCCGGCGGGACGCCCGCGCGCGGGAGGCAGAGCUCCGGCUCCACCUGCAGCUGGUGGAGGAGGAGGCCGGCCUGCUCAGCCGCCGCGUCGUGGAGCUGGAGGCGGAGAACCACGGCCUGCGGGCCAAGGUGGAGGAGAGGCAGGCUGCUAACGCUGCGGUCCAGGAUGACAACCCCUCACCUGUGGAUGCCCUGGACGGCGACAACUCUGUAGGAUUGAAGAAUCAGAAGGGGUGCUGGGUGGACCAGCCCAGAUGGGACCGUGGUCUGCAGACCCGACUGCAGCACAAGCAGGCCAGGCAGGAUGGCCUGCUGCUCCUCUCCCUGCAGCUGCGCUGCUUCCUCAAGCACUGGCGCCAUGGCAACGGGCUGGAGCCGGAGCAGAGGGGGCGGGGCUUCCUGGAGGUGAACGGUGUGAACGGCCUGCAUCUGCUGAGGGAGGAAGAGGGCCAUGCUGCCCACCGGGGGGACGGUAGUUCCCCCUCGGCUGGAGAGAAUCCCCUCCCACUGGAUAAUCACAAACAUACUCUCCCACUGGAAAAGCACACGGAGGUUCGGGGUACGGAGGGUACCCUGCUGGAGCUGAAGGGUGUUCUGCAGGAGCUGACUGCAGAGAUGCUGGCGGAACGGCAUGCGUCCCGGGACCUCGCCCAGAAACUCUCCUGCGCCAAAUCUGCCUGGGAGGCUGAGAGGACUGCGCUCCUGAGUCCUCUCCUCCACCAGGUUCUGCAGGGUGAGAAAUCAGAAAUGGACACUGACAUAGGACCAGAAGCAAAAGGAGCUGACCUGCACAGGAUUAAACAUCUGUCCCCCUCCAUGCACAGGAGACAGGCUGUGGGGCCCAGGGGCCAGUUCGGGCCCCUGAGGAGCGGGCGGUACCAGGAGAGGGCCGAUCUGUACCGGACCUGGGCCGAGCCCCUCAGCGCCGGCGGCUUGGCGGGUGUGGACGGGGUGAGGAGGAGCCACACGGCGCCUGAGAGGACCGGCCUGCGGCUCUACUUCAGCCCCCCGGCCCUGCGCCGAGCCCAGCGCUGCCCCCUGGAGGCCAACCUGAGCGAUGACAUGAAGGAGAGGACGCUGGGAAGGCGCUGGGCUGACGCCGCCUGCCAGACGGCGGGCAGGGCCGGCGCUGUGGGCGUGGCCAGCGUGGCUCUUCAGACGGAGGACCCCGCCUCCUCCCGCCCCCCUCGUCGCCCCCUGUCCGACCCCCUGGAGAGGGCCCUGGGGCCACCCCGCUCCCGCACCCCAAAACUGCAGCGCAGGGUCUCCUCGUCCUCCCAGCCCCUCUCCACCUCCUCCUCCACCCUGACCACGCCCUCCGCCUCCUUCUGCUCUUCCUCCUCCUCGGUCUCCUCCUCCUCGUCCUCGGCUGCCCUCGCCGGCGCCCCCCUGUGGCGGUCGGCGCGGGGGCAGAGUGGCUCGGCCUGGGCGCGCGGGCCCCGUAGCGGGGACGGGCCGGGGGCCGGCAGGGGCGCCGGGGGCCGGUCUGACACGCGGGCCGGGGCGGGGCAGAAGUGCGGCAUCGUGCAGGAGUUCUUCAGGAGCGUGUGCGGGCGGGGCCAGCUGCCUGCCGCGGGCGGGCAGGGCAGGGGCGGGGCCGGGGGCGGGGCCGGGGCGCGGGGGAAGCCGGAGAGGGCCGCCCCACGCGUGCCCGUGCCCGCAGGAAGUGACAGCGUCGUCACGAGCGUCGUCAACAAGCGCUUCCUGCGGCACAGCCUGAGGGAGGAGCCCGGCCGCGGGGGCGGGGAGAAGAGCGGGGGCGGCCCCGCCCUGGAGGACCCUGCCUGCGACUGCACCUCUCGCUCCCUGGCCUCCUGCUUCGCCCGCCCGUCUCGCUCCGGCAUUCCCCACGCCCCGGGCCAGUGCCGGCUGCGCUCGCCGAAAUGCUGCCAGUCCUCCCGGGAUAGGCACAGCCAGCCGAUGAGUGACGCAACACCGGGCCAAUCACAGCAGUCCUCAGUGCCGCAGCCCUGA